AUGCCCGCGCAACCCAAUAUCACGCUCUACACAGAAGGCACCCCCAACGGCCUCAAAAUCUCCAUCGCCCUCGAGGAGCUCGGCCUCUCCUACAACACCCGCGAAAUCGCCCUCCUGCAAAACGAACAAAAGGAACCCUGGUUCCUCGCGAUAAACCCCAACGGCCGAAUCCCCGCGCUAACGGACAUCGACGAGGAUGGGCAGGAGAUCAAGAUCUGGGAGAGCGGUGCGAUACUACAGUACCUUGUCGCGAGGUAUGAUACCGAGCACCGGAUUUCGUAUCCGGUCGGGUCGAAAGAGGCGUGGGAGGUUACGUGUUGGCUCAUGUGGCAGGUGGGCGGUGUUGGUCCUAUGCAAGGGCAGGCGAACCACUUUGCAAGAUUCGCCGGCGCAAAAUACCCCUACGCACUAAACCGCUAUGUCCACGAAUCGCGCCGCCUCUACCGCGUCCUCGACACCCAGCUAGCCAAGAACCCGCACGGCUACAUCGUCGGCGACCGCGUGACCAUUGCCGAUAUUGCGGUUUGGCCGUGGGUUACUGCGUACAGAUUCUCCGGAAUCCCCAGUAUAGACGAGUUCCCCGCCAUCAAGAGCUGGCUGUACAAGCUCCUCGCGCGGCCCGGUUUCGAGCGUGGACGGAACGUGCCCAAGCCGCAUGUCUAUCUUGCCCUGAAUGAACUUUCCGAAGAGGAGUUGGAUGAGAGGGCGCAGUAUGGGGUGAAGUGGAACCAGGAUGCCAUGGCGAGGGAUGCGGCUGCUUAG